AUGGAGGGGGCAGCGAGAAUCAUCAGGCGAUCAGUUCACAGUUUCCUCAAGAACAUCGACUCCUUCAACGCCCCUGUUCUGCUUCUGCUCCCUUACUCUGCAUCGCUGCUCCUCUCUCGCUCCCUCUUCCCGGCGACCAACACCACUUCGCUUUCCCUUCGGCAAUCCCUCCUUCGCACCAUCUUUAGCUUCGUGCUCGCUCUCACCUUCCUCGCCAUGGCGAAAUCCCGCGUCAUACAAGCCCUGGCGAAUCGCCACGGCUCGUCCCUCUCGUCUUCCUUCCCUCUCUACAGACGCCUCGUGAAGCUCCAGCUCCUGCACACGUCGCUGGCGCUCGCGGCCGACGCGAUGGCUUCCGUCCCGCACGGGUUCUUCUCGAGCGGCCGCGGGAACCUCCUCGCGUUAACGACCCGGACAGUCUCUUACGCGAUCGCCGCCAACCUGUCCGCCGUGUGCGACGUCGCUCUCGCCGUCGCGGGGAUCGAGAAUUGCUCCGCUACCGAGGCGAUCCGCAAGGCUUGCUCGCUGAGGCGCAGGGAAUCGGCGGCUCUGUUGAUCGCUCUGCCUCACUAUCUCUGCCUCGCCGCCGUCGAAGCCCUGUUUCGGUUCCGAUACCGGUCGGUGAUGGAGGGUCGAAGCGGCGAGAGGCCUUACCUGGCCAUGGCUUCGGAAGGGGUGGUGAUCGCUUGGUUGUAUUCGGUCGUCGUAGUCUUGGACACGAUCGCUUGUGGCCUGUACGUGAAGAGCCACGGGUCGAGUUCUCGCGCAGACGAAGGAGCUAAUCGUGGUCACAGCACAGCGAACGUGAACAAUGACCGUGAUGACGAUGAUCGGUGCGGGCACGGGAAGAUGGCAGACAUGGCGUGA